AGUAAUCGUCUCUCUCAGUCUUCAAUCCAGCGGUUCAGCCAAACCAGAGGCCCAGAUUCUUCAAUUCGCAGUCGCUGCAGCUGCCGCUGCUGUGCCUUUGGGCCAGCCUCUCUCUACAUUCUUUCAGGACAUGACAAAGAAAAAUAAAUCUUCAAAAAGGAAAGCUAGAGAAAGCAAUGUAGCCACGUCUGAUGGGAUUACUUCUGAGACUAUAUCGGAUAAGAGUCUUGGAGAUCAUAUAGAUGGAGUUCCUGUUAACAAUGAUUUGAAUGAGCUGACCAUGGGCGAGAAGCUUGCAAACCUUAACUUGACAGAAAACAGUGGAGCCAAAAGCCAUGAUGUAGUCUCCUCUCCUCAAACAAAACCACCUAGUGCGGACUCCGCUCAUAUUUUGAUUAAGCAAGCUUCACAUACUGAUGAUCGAGCACUUCUAAUAGAUUGCUUGUUCAGACAAGAUGAUAAGGUAAUAUCAAAUUCAGUGUCAUUGUUGAAUCCUUCUGAUGUUCUCAAGUUCCUGCAGUCUUUCAUAUCAAUAAUCCAAUUGAGCUUAUAGAAUCUAGACUCUCAACGUUCAACCACACUCUUCAGUUAUCAAGCUGCUUGGAGUUGCUUUAUGCAGAGACUGUUGAUGAUGAUGUAGAGGAAGAUAAUAGUAAGGUAACACCUAUCCUAUAUGAAGACAACGAUGAGGGAUCCAUAGAUUCCAUGGAAACUGAAAGCAAUCAUGAAAAUGAACAGCCUCAUGUUAGUGAUGAUGAAAUAAAUGACCAGAUUGAUUACUGACAUGCAGAAUGGCUGCAAGUUGACAUAGGGAGGAGAUGUGGGGCUAUUUAUGGACCAUGUGAGCUUGGUAUUCUUCUAAACUCUUCUUUUCAUGUUUUGUGUAAGGUUGCUGCAAAUUCAAUGUGAUUUCAAUGGAAAAAACAGCCCUUUGCUCUUGAUAUUAACUGUGUGGAAGAUAUGGUUUGAAUUAAAAUGUAAUAACCUACACUUCCCGUGUUUUUGAGUGUGUUUUCGUCUCUCCUCCCGUGUGAUAGCUUCCUCGACAGUGAGACGGGAACAAUUUGAUUUAAUAAGAUCAAUAAAAAUGCCUAACGUGCACGCUAAAGUAAAAAUCAAUAAAUGAAAAGAAGAGAGUCAAAAUUCGGGACAUCUCAAGAACGUCACUAACGAUUAAGAGCCCAACCUACAUGGCUGGAAGAAAAUGAUAAGAGAGUUUAUCAUAAAUGAUGGGAAACGAGUCCAAUAGAACCUAUCUGAAUUCAACCAUAGAACAACUUAAUUCUAAAAUUCAAUCGAACGGUAGAAGAAAUUGGGAGAGGAGAUUUGGAGGGUUUAUUCUGAAAGAAGAAAGGGGGACGAUGAUUUUAUAAUGAGAAAAAUAAGAAGAGCUUCUAAACGUGUUUGAGAGAGUGAAAAAAAUAGAGGAAAGAGGAAAGUGAAAAAAUGUGUCCUGGAGGAGAAAGAAAACACUUUUUGGAUAAGACAGAAGCAAAAGGGAGAAAAGGAA